CUUUUGCUGGCAACGCAUCGUCAGUGAUAUGAUAUGAAUUUUGUUUAUAAGGGAAUAUCAGCGGCAUUUCUCAACAGUCGCAUCAGUUGUCAGGCCCCGUGAAUAUUAAUUGCAUAAUACUCCAACCUCUAGUGAAAUCCACAAAAAUUAAUUAAAUAAAAUAAUAAGUGUAAAAUACUGUGAAAAUGGUGGUAGAAAAGUUCUUUUGCUUCAACUUGGAAUUCACAGCGAAAUUCUUUGGCUGGUUAGGUGUCAUUAGCACUGUCUAUCCGACUAUCCUUGCCAUAGGCAAAAUAGUUAAGGUACAUGAAUAUAUCGCAACAUUACGUGAACGUGGCUAUUAUAAUAUACAUGACAGCGCUUAUUAUAGAGACCCCUGCAUGUUUCUAGUCACAAUUCUCGUCUUUGUUGCCGCAAGCAUUUGCCUGAUUUUGGGUACAGUAAAGAAACGUCACAAUUUGGUUUUCGUUUGGUUGAUCGUCAAUGCCUUGGCGAUGGUGCUUCUGACUAUUAGCAUGGUCUACCUUGGUGUUUAUGUCAGUCUUUUAGGCCUCCGUGAGUUGACACAUAUAGUGCAUAUACGCAAGCUUUGAAAUCCAUGUAAUUAUUUUAUUAACUUUUUUCCCACAGCACCAUUCCAUAUAUAUCUCUUGAUUGCAAUGUACUCGCUUUAUAAGAGAAUCAAAUCGGGAAGACAAACGGACUCUUCAUGUCCAGCUGUGAAUAUGCCCAAACAAAUGGCCUAAAGGAA